AUUCUGCUUAAACUAACCACUGACAUAUACAUUACUUCAUAUCGCAUAAAUAAGCUAGGAGAUUGCCUGUAUAAGUUUAUCACUGAAAACUGGUUACCGUGAUCGCGGUAUACUUCACACGGAUAUUCUUUGAUUAAAGCAAUUCACCCAAAAUGUCAGAAGAAUGGUGUCUGUAUUAUUGGGCAGGAUUUCCAGGAAGAGGCGAGUUUCUUAGACUGAUAUUUGAGGAAGCCGGGGUCAAGUAUACGGAAGUGAACGACGGAACCAGGCUUGUCAGUGAAAUUAUACAGGGGCAAAGUGACUUUUUCCCUCAUUUUGCUCCUCCUGUCAUUAAGAAAGGCAACUUCACAUUGUCUCAGGCACACGUAGCAAGCCGGUACUUAGCAGAAAAGUUUGAUAUGCUACCUGGUAAUGAAGUUGACAACGCACACGCCGAACAAAUAAACCUUGAUUGUCACGAUUAUAUUGCAGAAGGUCGACUUGCAUUUCAUGGUAUUCAUAACGUUGGCCCUUACAAGUCACAGAAAGAAGAAACCCAGCCUUAUAUAGACAGGUUUAUUGAAAGCAGGUUUCCAAGAUGGCUGAAAUACUUUGAGAGGGCAUUGGUUGCAAAUGGAGGGGGAAAAGGAUUCAUCAUAGGGUCGAAGUGUUGCUACGCAGAUCUGACGCUGUUUCACUGUUUAAGAGCUACCGAGUCCCAGUUUCCUGAGGCCUGGGCAAAAGCUGAUUAUAUCCCCGCACUUAAGGCUUACAAAGAGCGCAUCGCUUCACGACCAAAUAUCGCCGCAUUUUUGAAAUCCGGAAGAUCGUUACCGUUCGCUGGAGAUAGCAUGAUGUAGACAAUGUCUAUGAAAAUUUAUGACUUUCUUAAAUAUUGCAAUGCCUUAAUUAUUGGAACAUAUUGUCAUAAUUGCUUUCAAGCUUUUCGAGAUAGCUGCUAUUGAGUGAAUGUUAAAUAAUUCACUACUAUGGUAUAAACGAACGGUUGCUGGUCCUUUGAUAGAGCCACUGUUUUUUUUUUUUUUGAGGUGCAGGCUCGAACCAAUAUGGCAGACUCAAUAAAUAAAACUGCUUUUUAUUUACACAAGACUAUAAGUCCUAUUUUUCUAAUUGAUACGUAAUAUAUCCAUGGCCGCCUUGCCACUCCGUAAAGCCAUAAAAAGUACACGUCGUGAGAACUAGAAUACCAUUAUUAAUAGUAUUAAUCACUGUUAUAUUUAUACCCCCACCAAACAUGUUUGAGGGGGGUAUAUAGGAGUCAGUUUUGUUGCGUCCCGUCGCGUCCCGUCCCGUCGCGUCCCGAAAUCUAUUAUCUUAGUUAUUACCAAAUGGAUUUGAUUCAAACUUAAAAUACAUGUUCCACCUUAUCACCCACAUCAUGUGACACAAGGUGCAUAACUCUUGACACCAAGUUUUCAUGAAUUAUGUCCCCUUUUACUUAGAAUUUAAGGUUAAUUUUGUUGUAUUUUCAAUAUAUCUCAGUUAUUACUAAAUGGAUUUGAUUCAAACUUAAAAUAGAUGUUCCACCUCAUCACCCACAUCAUGUGACACAAGGUGCAUAACUCUGACACCAUUUUUUUAUGAAUUAUGCCCCUUUUUACUUAGAAUUUAAGGUUGAUUUUGAUGUAUUUUCACUAUAUCUCAGUUACUACUGAAUGGAUUUGAUUCAAACUUAAAAUAGAUGUUCCACCUCAUCACCCACAUCAUGUGCCCACAUCAUGUGACACAAGGUGCAUAACUCUGACACCAAGUUUUCAUGAAUUAUGUCCCUUUUACUUAGAAUUUAAGGUUAAUUUUGUUGUAUUUUCACUAUAUCUCAGUUAUUACUAAAUGGAUUUGAUUAAAACUUAAAAUAGUUGUUCCACCUCAUCACCCAGAUGAUGUGACAUAAGGUGCUUAACUCUGACAUAAUUUUUUUAUGAAUUAUGUCCCCUUUUACUUUAAAUUUAAGGUUGAUUUUGAUGUAUUUUCACUAUAUCUCAAUUAUUACAAAAUGGAUUUGAUUCAAACUAAAAAUAGAUGUUUCACCUCAUCACCCACAUCAUGUGACACAAGGUGCAUAACUCUGACACCAAUUUUUCAUGAAUUAUGUCCCUUUUUACUUAGAAUUUAAGGUUAAUUUUGAUGUAUUUUCACUAUAUCCCAGUUACUACUGAAUGGAUUUGAUUCAGACCUAAAAUAGAUGUUCCACCUCAUCACCCACAUCAUGUGACACAAGGUGCAUAACUCUGACACUAAUUUUUCUUGAAUUGUGUCCCCUUUUACCUAGAAUUUAAGGUUAAUUUUGAUGUAUUUUCACUAUAUCUCAUUCUGAUUGGCUUAGAGCCGAAGGGAAGUAACCUUUUUUAAACUUUUGUACUGAGUUUCUUCCCCUUAAAUUCCAAGAAUUAGUCUAUUUUUAGAAAUCCUAUUUUUAGAUUUUCAAUAUUUUAGGUAUUUUUCUAACUUUUUUAUUAUAAGUCCUAUGUAAAAAGUAAAAACAUUUUUCUGUGGUAACAUGGGUCGGUAAGACACUUUUUUAAAUUCACUUUUAGUGUAUCUCUAAUAUUAGAGAUUUAAUAUAUUUACUAGUAUUACUUUACUAGUAUUAUACUAGUAUUACUUAUAUGUGGAAGCCCAGGAUGAAGUACUCCAAAGUAUUUUUAAGAUUUCUUAUGGUUACCAUUCUUCUGUGACAAGACCGUAUGGUGGGGGUAUGAGUCACUCCUGUGACAGUUCUAGUUGGUAUUGUUUAAGCAGAUGGGGCAUUAACUUGAUUAUUUCUAUUCUUAGGUUAUACAAAUACAGUGUAUCAAGAUUGCAAAACUUUAACUGUCACUGACCCGACACACAAGAUACUUUUAUGCUUCUUGAUAUUUUACCAAGUAAUAGCGGCGGAAGUAUGUGCUUUUAGCGUUUCAUUGUAAGGCGAUGGGUUAUCAGCUGAUCACAAGCUCCAGUUAGAAGAAGAAGCAUGUGUCAAUCACGUGCCAGUGUUCCCGGGAAAAGAGGCACCAUAUUGCUACGUCAGUUUCCCCAAGUUAUCGGGCAAACCGUAUAAAUGGUCAUUUUAUAUAUAUUGCAAAACUUUAACUGUCACUGACCCGACACACAAGAUACUUUUAUGCUUCUUGAUAUUUUACCAAGUAAUAGCGGCGGAAGAAUGUGCUUUUAGCGUUUCAUUGUAAGGCGAUGGGUUAUCAGCUGAUCACAAGCUCCAGUUAGAAGAAGAAGCAUGUGUCAAUCACGUGCCAGUGUUCCCGGGAAAAGAGGCACCAUAUUGCUACGUCAGUUUCCCCAAGUUAUCGGGCAAACCGUAUAAAUGGUCAUUUUAUAUAUAUUGCAAAACUUUAACUGUCACUGACCCGACACACAAGAUACUUUUAUGCUUCUUGAUAUUUUACCAAGUAAUAGCGGCGGAAGAAUGUGCUUUUAGCGUUUCAUGGUAAGGCGAUGGGUUAUCAGCUGAUAACUAGCUCCAGUUAGAAGAAGAAGCAUGUGUCAAUCACGUGCCAGUGUUCCCGGGAAAAGAGGCACCAUAUUGCUACGUCAGUUUUCCCAAGUUAUCGGACAAACCGUAUAAAUGGUCAUUUUAUAUACAGUUGUUCUUCGACUUUGAAUAGAAUAUUUAAAAAAAAUGCUUAAAGUCUAGUGCUAAUUAUGUUCGCGAGGAUAAUAGUUUUUGAGCUACUAUACGUGAAGGGAAGUAGUUAAAUUUAUAUGGCUUCUAAGUCCUUAUCGCGUAUAUUUGGAAUAGUAUAGAUUUUAAUUUAAAAUUACAUCCAACAAAAUGACUUUAGUCAUACUGCUUGAUUUACGAAAUCUCUAACGGGUUUUCAUUUAAAGGUAUCCAUGUGUUUUAAAAGGAUCGUUUUGCAUUAGGAACAUAUCUUGAAUUACUUUGAUUUUUUUUUUGGUGAUUUCAUGGGAAAUUCACUAUAAAAAUGUUUAGCACUUAGCCAUUUCAGAAAAAUAUAUUUUUCAUUUUUAUAAAUAUUAGAUAUAUUCUUAUGCUAACUAAGAUAUUCUGAAAAUUUCGUAAGAACCAGGCGUCAAAUAGAAAAAACAAUGACGAAAGUCCAACAGGAAAAGCCAUAGUAAUGAACGCAGCUGUUCGUACAACACUGUAUAUGAACAUAGGGGUAUAUUUAAAUGUACGCAGUAACUAGGCAUUUGAUCAGAUAUGAAAGCAAUAUUGAGAAUAUAGAAGUAACAGACUGACUAACAAACAUCAAACAUACAGUAGGGCAACGCCUUGGGACGGUUGGUGGAAAAAUACCACUUGGGAAUUUUUACUGGUUUAACUGGCACAAAACCUCACUUUUUCCCCCACCACAUACAUGUAUUACAAGACUGUAAAUAAAAUUACUCCCCGCCAGGUGAAUCUCUUACACAUGUAACAGUAACCCCGAGAAGAAAACAUAAAUAUGCUCCUGUAAAAAUAUGUAAGUAUGUACUCGAUGACUGAAGAAGUCAGAGCACCAAGAGCAAUACCAAUAAGCAAGACAAAAUUAAAGUCAUAUUUGCAGUUUUUCAAAACUGUAUGAAUCUUGAUGAAUUUCACAACUGAAAAUGACUAUGAUAGGCAAUAUAAAACAGAUAGGGAUGUGUAAAAUGUAUCAAGAGUUCAAAAUCCUGCUGUUGUUUUCAGGGGUCUUAAGAAUAAAAAGUAACAUUCAAUAGAAUGGCUAAUUCAUUCAAACAGAAGUUGGUUUUCUGUCCCUCUUUCCGUGAAUUUCUGAAAAUCAGAAUCAAGUUAACCUAUCGACCCUUUCAGCAACUCAAUAGAUCAGCUGGAUGGACCCGACCGCGUUAAAUUGUAGCAGAGCUAAUUCGCCUUCUUACAAAUAUACAGUUCCUGAUUUUGAAAAAUCGUAAAUAACGUAGUCAUGUCGUUCAGUUUUGAUCUUUACCGUUAGAAAGUUCGUAUUAAAAUUUUAAUGUUC